AUGGCAAUGUCUCUCAUCCAAGCGUGCCGCAGUCUGGCUCUCUCAACAUGGCUGCUUUCCUUUUGUUUCGUGCAUUUGCUGUGCCUGGACUUUACCGUAGCUGAGAAGGAGGAAUGGUACACAGCGUUCGUGAACAUCACCUACAUCGAGCCGGGGUCGCCGGCGGCGGCGGCGGCGGCUGGGGCGCUGGGCGCCUCCGGGGAGCUGCGCAGCGAGAAGAGCGAGUGUGGCCGCUACGGCGAGCACUCGCCCAAGCUGGAUGCCCACGGGAGGGUGGCCAUGGCCAGUUCCGUCCAGGAGCGCCUGGCCUGCGACCCCAACACCAAGUUCGCCGUCCCGGCCCACGUCAAGCACUGGAUAGCCCUCAUCCCCAAGGGUAACUGCUCUGACAAGGACAAAAUCCGGCAUGCUUUCAUGCAGAACGCCUCCGCGGUGGUCAUUUACAAUGUGGGGACCAACACCAACGAGACCACCACGAUGUCCCAUCCAGAUUUUGUUGCUGUUACUUUUUUACAUGAUUGCAGUGUGCAAGACAUUGUUGCAAUAAUGAUUCCGGAGUCGAAAGGAAAAGAGAUAGUGACACUUCUGGAUAAAAACAUUACUGUGAUGAUGUACAUUACAAUUGGGACCCGCAACUUGCAGAAAUACGUCAGCCGCACGUCAGUUGUGUUUGUGUCCAUCUCCUUCAUUGUGUUGAUGAUCAUAUCACUCGCUUGGCUGGUCUUUUAUUAUAUUCAGAGGUUCAGAUAUGCAAAUGCCAGGGACAGGAACCAGCGUCGUCUGGGAGAUGCUGCAAAGAAAGCCAUCAGCAAGCUUCAGGUCAGGACCAUCAAGAAGGGUGACAAGGAAACCGAGCCCGACUUCGAUAACUGUGCGGUUUGUAUCGAAGGCUACAAACCGAAUGAUGUUGUGCGGAUCUUGCCCUGCCGGCACCUUUUCCACAAAUCAUGUGUGGACCCAUGGCUGCUAGACCAUCGGACCUGCCCCAUGUGCAAGAUGAACAUCCUUAAGGCCCUAGGCAUUCCGCCCAAUGCAGACUGCAUAGAUGACAUCCCACCGGACUUUGAAGGUUCCAUAGGAGGGCCACCAACCAAUCAGAUUACAGGUGCAAGCGACACAACUGUAAAUGAAAGUUCUGUUACUUUGGAUCCUGCUGUCCGAACUGUGGGAGAAUUACAAGUAGUCCAAGAUGCAGAUGCUACUCCCCAGGAGGGGGAGGUUAACUUUACAACCAACAGUGAACAAGAGCCAGCGGUCAGCAGCGAUUCAGAUAUCUCGUUGAUCAUGGCGAUGGAAGUUGGACUCUCUGAUGUGGAGCUUUCCACUGACCAAGACUGUGAAGAGGUGAAAUCCUGAAACAUUGAACAAAGACGAAGGGGACAG